AUGGAAAACCAAACAUUUUACGAAGAUAAUGGCGAUACACGAAAUAUUCUUGAACCGUUGGUUGCAUUGAUCUUGAUAUUUUUAACGGUUUUAGGGAACAUUGUUAAUAUUAUAGUAAUCACCAAAUCGAAGGAUAUUCCCCAAAUACCAAGAUAUUUCAUGAUGUCACUGGCGUUCGCCGAUUUAGGCGUCGGUAUUAAUACCAUAUUUGCAGUGUACCCAGCAAUAUUCGCUCGCUGGCCGUACGGGGACGUAUUCUGCUUCAUCGUUGGAGUACACUCGCAUAUCUUCUGUUCAAUUUCCAUUACGUCACUGCUUCUCGUAAGUAUUGAAAGAUACAUCUCAAUAAACUGGCCACUGCAUUACCAUAAUUACAUCACGGAUAAGCGUGCAAUUAUCGUGAUUAUUUCCAUGUGGGUGAUAUUGGAAAGCUAUGGAUUCCUGUUAGCACUGAUUCAGGAUUUUAAUUUCUAUUGGUUUAAUCCUGGCGUUCUUACAUGUGUACCUGGAUACGGGAAACCGGAAUAUAGGAUCUUCACCGUGGUUGGCCUGGUAGGCUUCCUCGUCAUUCCCACCAUCAUCAUCGUUUAUAUCUAUAUUCGUAUCAUGAAAAUUUCACAGAGGCACUCGCGGCAGAUCGUCGAAGUGAAUACAGCAAAAUCAGGAGAUUCAUCACACACACGCAAACAAACAAGUCAGAAUCUCAAAGCGGCUAAGAUGUUGUUCGUUGUCUCGGGGGCGUUUGAUAUUGCGUGGUACCCGUAUGGUUUAACUGUUAUCUACACAGCGGCUUCUGGCGAUGUGCUCCCUCUCUAUGUGGACUUUGUAACCACAUGGCUUGUCUACUCAAAUAGCUUCUGGAACGUUCUUAUCUACAGCAUUAUGAAUAAGAAAUUUAGAAGAACCGCGCUGCAAUUCUUGCGACAGGCAUUUCACUGUGAGAAAACGACAAAUAACGUCGUCCAUGUUGUGCCAAAAGACACGGACCACAGUGCAUCAACUAUGUAA